AUGGCAGGCAGCCUGUAUCUGACCGUGCCCUUCAGCAGUCUGAUCACCACAGCCAGCUUCUUGAAAACUGAGCCUAAUGUGAGGAGCUCUGUCAUUUCUGCCCUCGAGAAAGUGACUGUCUUCAUGGAGAGUCGGUAUCAGGACAUCAAUUUAGAUGCAGUGCUGGGAUUUCAUGUUUUGCAAGGGUACUUGAAAGGAGCCCUAGAAAAGUGGCCUUUAGAACAUGAAUUACUUGCUCAGCGUACCCGAGUUGAAAGUGUGGUGAAGAAGUUGUCUCCUCUGAUUGAAAAAGCAACAUAUUCUCUAGCGCAGAAUGAUCCCAAAUAUUUCAAAGAAUUUGCGCCAAUUUUAGGACCACAUUUCUGGGUCUUUCCCCAUUCAUGGAACCAAACUGAUACCUUGCUGGCCUACACUUCAUUUGGUAGUUCCAAGUGUUUUACAGAGAAAACAAGUGACACGUGCUAUUCGUAUUUGCUAGGAACACGGAAAGAGAAUGGCAAGUCCUGCGUUGUCACAAGCACCUGUAGGAACAUAAUGACUCAACUUGGUUGCUCGGGUUACUCCUUGUCCCAUCAGCUUUUCUACUUCAUGUUUGCUGAUAUGAAAGGAUGCUCUGAUAAUCUGUUCCUGAGGACCCAGUAUUACAAGAAUAUUUUCUGUGCUAGCAUGCUGAAAAUAAACUUGCAGAUCGAAAGCAAUGGAUUUGAGUCUUCUUCUCGAGACCUCUUCAUGGAAAACAUUAUGCUCUGUGGCAUGUCUGGUUUCUCUGACUUCUACAAACUCAGAUGGCUGGAGAAGAUUCUCACUUGGCAGAAGCCUAAGGAAGGAUGCUUUGGGGAACCCAGUAAAGAUUUUGAAUACUCUGCUGGAACAGAAGACCAAAAGAAGCUGCUAAGGAGAGUUAAGAGACGGGAAAAGAUGUUUACAGAUGGAUGUUCCUCCCAUUACACAGCUGUUGCAGUAGGAUCGCUCGGAGGGUUCCUGUACUACUACUGCUGCUGACAUUAACAGCGCACUGCAGACUGUCAACAGGAAGGCCACGUGCAGAGCGAGGCGAUCGGUCCUUGAGCAGUACUGGUGCUCAGUUUGUAGUGAAAUAGAAUUAACCCUUCAAAUCACAAUCUUGUCUUGCAAUACAAAACCUUGGGAGCUGGUUUUUAAUUAUGGUAACACUGGAUAGUUGUCCACUGUGUGUGUUUUCUUGUUAAGUUUUCAAGUAUCCCAGAGAGGGGUGCUUUACCAUUAAAUACACACAUUUUUCCGUAGAUCAAAUUCUACUGAAUUUUAAGGAGAUCUUCAACUUCACUGAAUCUGAAUUAAUAUCCUGGAUAUUUCUGUGACGUCUCUAACUUUGCUGUCUCAAGCCCCAAUCCUGCCGGGUACCUGCCCUGGUUUUAGCGGAGAUAGAGUUAAUUUUCUUCAUAGCAGCUAGUAUGGUGCUACGUUUUGGAUUUAUAAUUAAAAUAGUGGUGAUAACAUAGCCAUGCUCUAGCUGCUGCAGAGCAGUGCUUACACAAAGACUUUUGUGCUUUCCACACUGCCCUGCCAGCGAGGAGGCUGGGGGUGCUAAAGCAGCUGUGAGGGGACGCAGACAAGGAAGGACAGCUGAUCCAGGCUGACCAAAGGGAUGUUCCCUACCAUAUGGCAUCAUGUUCAGCAAUGAAAGCUGGAGGGAAAGAAAGAGGAAGGGAGGGGGGAGGAUGUUUGGGGUUAUGGGAUUUGUCUUCCCAAGUAAUGUUAUGCAUGAUGAGCCCUGCUUUCCUGGAAAUGGCUAAACAUCUGCCUGCCGAUGGGGAGUAGUGAAUGAUUUCCUUAAUUUGCUUUGCUUGCGUGCACAGCUUUCCCUUUACCAAUUAAACUGUCUUUAUCUCAAACUAUGAGUUUUCUCACUUUUACCCUUCCGAUUCUCUCUGCCAUCCCACUGGAGAAGAGCAAGCGAGUGGAUGUGUGGGGUUCAGCUGCCUACCAGGGUUAAGCCACAAUAGCACCAAAUGCCUUCAACAUCUGCAUCCCACCGGGUUCUAACACAUGUAUGUAAUAAACAAUUCUCAGCUACUUUCAGUUCGCUGAUCCCUCUUUUCUGAUGGAAACGCAGAUGCCAAGAGCAGACAGAAGCCUCCAGAGAGAAACAUUGGCUGUUUUAUCUUGCCAAGGCAAGAUGAAAAAUCAUUGUUAGUGCUGUGUCAAGAAUCAUAGAAUCACAGAAUCAUAGAAUCGUUUACAGAAUCACAGAACCGCAGAAUGACUGAGGUUGGAAGAGACAUGUCAAAAUCAUCUACUCCAACCCCCUGCCGAGCAGGAUCACCUGGAACAUGUUACACAGGAUGGCAUUAGGUUGAAAAGACCUCCAAGAUCAUCAAAUCCAUCCAUUUAUCCAACCAUGGAUUUAGGUUGAAAAGACCUCCAAGGUCAUCAAGUCCAACCAUUAACCUAGCACUGCCAAGUCUACUGCUAGACCAUGUCCCUAAGCACCACAUCUACACGUCUUUUGAAUACUUCCAGGGAUGGUGACUCAACCACUUCCCCGUGCAGCCUGUUCCAAUCUCACAACCCUUUCAGUGAAGGAUUUUUUCUUAAUAUCUCACCUAAAACUCCCUUGGUGAAACUUGAGGCCAUUUCCUCUUAUCUUACUGCUUGCUGCUUGGGAGAAGAGACCGACCCCCACCGUGCUGCAG